AUGCGGCGCACACUUCGAUUGAUUCUGCUCCGGCUCGUCCUCGUCAUCCUGCUGUCGACAUUGUGCCACACACGUAAGCCACAUACAGUCAGACCCAGCUGCCAGACGCCGACGCCCGCCAAGAGCCCCGGCCAGUGUGUGCACUUCAGUGCCUGCCGCUUCGUCCUGCGCGAGUACGCGAUGUACAAGGAGCACAUGCCACCCGCCGUGAUGCGGUUCCUGCAGAGAUCCCGCUGCAGGCCCAAGCGCGACGGCUAUCAUUUGUGCUGCGAACUCAAAGAUGUGAUUCCCGCGAACGCCAACUCGAAGCUGAAGUAA